AAUGUGUAAUAAAUGUAUGAGUUUAAUUAGCAAAGUAUGUAACGAAUGAAAAUAACCAAGUACCUAAAACAAAAAUCCCACUAAACAUAUGAUUUUUGGCAAGGGACAUGUGCACUGAUGUGCAUUGUAUUCGUUAUCUAACAAGUGAAGGUCAUCGCAAAUAUUUGUUGUUUAUGAUAAUCUCAUUCCAUGGUUGUGCCAUUUAGAAUAUCAGACAAUCAGAAUGUUGACACUCUUAAGUCAAACCAGAUUCUGGACUCUAAAGGAUGAAAUUGGAAUAAAAAAUACAGACUUCGGCUCGUUCAGAUAUCAUGAAAAAAAAGAAGUAACAGAUUCACCCUACAAUGAAAGUAAACGGUCAUAUGCUGAGAAGAGGGGCAUGACGUGGUUAUUGCAAAAUAAGAGGCCUACAAAACUCAGAGAAUCUAUAAGGGAACUUGAGGAAUUGCUUGCUCAACAUAAGGUGGUAUUUGUAAAGUGGAGAGAUAAUUGUGUGCUACAAUUAAUGCUGAGUUCAGGAAUACUCAUCAGUAUCUGCAUUAAUAUUUUUACUGGAGACAUACUGAAAAUAGUAUUUGACAAGUACCUAAUGGGGAAACUACUCUCUGAAUAUAUAGCAGAUGUUAUAUUUACAAAAACACAUUUAAUGUGUUCAUACAAUGAUAACCAAAUCACUCUGAUCUACUUUACCAAGCCUGCAGUGAAAUAUAAUAUGCCAGAGAAACUGAGUCGGCUGGAGCCGAAGUUACAAGUUCUGGAACUGGCUGGCCCAUCAGGCCGACGCUUAGAAAGAAAAUUGUCUUGUAAUGUAACUGGCGACAUGGUUUUAAUUUGGUGGCGCUGUACAAGAGAUGAAGUAUAUCCUUGGAGUCCACUGGUUAAAGACCAAGAUAGAGCAAAUGUUCAUGUUUAUGGAAUAAAUGGUAUAAAGGCAGAACCCUUAUGCUACUACAGAACAGAAUUUGAUCCAGUCUGUGUGUCUUUCAGUCAAGUGCAAUCCAAUGUAAUCCAUUCAGUUGAACAAAAAGUGUCAAGAAAGGGGGAGGUGACCGUGGAGAGCUGUACCUACGAGAUCAGCAAAUCAAGGAUUCAGCGCACAUCAGUAACAUCAAUACCUCUCCAAACACAAGUUUGUUGUCAUGGCUUCAGUCCUGAUGAAGAGAAGUUGCUGCUUGGUUGCAUUGAUGGUUCUUUGGUUCUCUUUGAUGAAGGAAGAGGAAUAACACAUUUGGUUAAAGCAGCUUUUAUUUCCACAAUGGUCUCCUGGCAUCCUGAUGGAGCAGUUGUAGUUGUGGCCAAUGAAAGAAGCCAGUUCCAGUGUUAUGAUAUUGCUCUGGCUUGCAUUAAGAAUCAAUUAAUAAGUGAAGAUGUGACACCAUCCAAUUUGCUGGACUUGGCAUCUUAUUUUAAAAAUCAGCCAACACUUGUCCAAAUGGAAUGGAGCAAGAAACCUGAUGUGUCUUAUUACUCUGAAAAUUAUGUACAAACAGAUGGACUGUUACUAUUACAGUUUGAGAGGGGGCCACUGGCCGUGUUACGUCUUGUGGGAGGAGGGGGACUGAGAGGUGACGCUCAUGGAACAGGCCUCACUCCAGAUGUACUGGUGUCACAGUAUCUGUCUGUCAAUCAGGUGGAUCGGGCAAUCAACUUAUUACUCAGUCUGAACUGGGAUUCUUAUGGCUAUAUUUGUCUGGCAUGCCUUUACCGAAUUACUAAUCACCUGUUUAGACAGCCACUCACUCCAGAAAGAGAAGUUCAGCUGCAAACAGCAUUAGGAAGUUUCCAUGUCCCUCUAAGACCCAUCUGUCAUGCAACAGAAGUUGAAUUUGGGAAUCAAGUAAGAAAUUUGACUCGCCGUUUCUUCCAUCACUUGCUAAGGUAUCAGCUUUUUGAGAAAUCAUUUCGACUAGCGAUUGAUCUGAAUGAUCAUGAUCUCUUCAUGGAUAUAUACUUCUAUGCAAGGGCAAUGAAGGAAGAUGCCAUGGCAGAAGCAGCACGAAUCAAAGCAGAGCAGAUUAUGAAUAGAUGCAGCAGUAGAAGCAGUUCUGGGACAGAUUCACCUCAUUCUCAUUCAUCAUGUUCUGGUUGUUCUGGGAGUGCAGGCAGUGAGAGUCAAGGAAGCUCUAGUGAUGCAGAGACUGAAAUACCCCCUCAGCCACCUCCUCCUCUUCCCUCAAAAUCUGCAGUAGGACAGUCUCACAAUAGUAGUCCAGGAAGACAGCCCGGGGAGAAGCAGAAAGUGAAGUUCUCCGAUACGGUUACACAUAUUUUGGUACCUGAUCUUCCACUAGCUUUACCAGAAGAGGAAGAAUACUCACCUCUGAAUGGAGCAUGCAGCAGCAGUAGCACUGUCAUUGCCAUCCAGCCAGACAGAGAUCGACCAAGACAUAACAUUUUUGUGCCUGAUCCAAAUCAGGAAUUAGCAGAUAGCCUUCCAUUAUGUCUUGGAAACAAAAAUUACUUAAAGGACUUCGCCACAUUACCAGAUGUCUCAGAGGAGGAAGAUAAUGGAAAUGGCACAAUCAAGAUUGUCCACUUUGGAGUUGUGUAAUCAGCGCUCAAGCUGUAUAUAUAGGAGCCAUUUUCUUGCCACUGUUUGAGCAAGUCAUAUUUUCAUUUGUACAUACUCAUGGAAAGACUCACAAGUGCCAAAUAUUUCCCAAAAAAUAGUCUUUCUUCCCAUCAAUACACACUGCUAGAAUGUAGCAGCAUCACAUUGUAUAAUGCUAUACAUACGAUAUUUUAGGAAGGAAAAGUUGGUAUGGUUCUGAUCUGUAUAUAACUUAAUCCAAUUUUUUUUUAUAACAACUUUAUAACAUAACAUCAUAACAUUUGCCAUAAUACUUACCUCUCUACUAAUACUAACGUAGUGUAGCAGAACUAGGCUAUGCCAUAUCUCAGGUGGUAGUCACCACAGAGGUCCAGGUUCAUUCUUUCCCAGGAUAGUCCAUGUAGGGUUUGUAGUCAACAAAGUGGUGUAUUUUCUCAAACACUUUAGUUUUCUCCUGCCAGUUAUCGUUCCAUCAAUGUUCCCAACUCAUGCACCAUCAGGAACUGGCACAGUAGGCUGGCCCCCAGUACCAAGAGACCAGUCUUAUGCCACUUCUGCAACACAAUAAAAUAAAAGUGUCCUGCUCCUCUUAACAUAGUAAAAUAUAGUAAAAAUCAAGUUCAGAAGCCUAGAAAGAAACUGGGCUUAUAGCACUGUGCACUGAUAUAUGAAAUGACAUGAACAAUGAGUUUAAGUAGCAUAUCUGUAAAUCUGUUUGGGAAUAUCACCUGUAACUCAUGGUGUGUUUGUAUGCAAGAUCAUACAUCUAUAAAGCUAAUCCUAUUAUUCUGAACUCCUCUUCAAAAGGUACACCCAUGUGCUCAGUACAGAUCUAUAACUAACAUUGAUGAUCAUCUCUCUGUCUUUUUUUAGGUGUUUCCAACUCUGUAGAGCACUUAUUGAGUUUGCUCAGUCAAUUCGAUGCAUGAAAUAGCUGAAGAAUCAGUGGAUGCAUUUUCAUGAAAUGUGAUACUAGAAAAUUUUACAAAGACUUGUCAGGCAUUUCAGUUUUCAUUUUUUUCAUUUAGAUCAGACAGUUUUAAUGACCACUUAACAUGAAGGCCUACAUGCAUUUCUGCAAGUACCUCAAACGUAUUUCACUAGAUAUUUGAGUGAAAAAAUAUUUCAAACAAAAAUUGGUGAGAAGAAUGAAACACAUGUUACAGUCAAUACACCUUUUACAAAAGUCUUACAUUGUUCAAGAUAACUGAACAAGUUGGAUGCUAUAUGAGAUGGUAUUGGAAAGUUCCCAGACUCUUACUGUUGUAAAUACCUUGGUGAAAAAGAUGAGAGGGGAUGCCACAAUCACACUUCUGAAAGCCUAUUGCAUCAGUCUGCCACAUGACACCCAUUUUUCUACCAGUAUGUGACGAAUGCAGGAGAUCUGAUCAGUAGUUGAUCUGUUAACAUUGAAACCAACAGAGAUGAUCCCCAGUAAUUUCAUCUAUGUAUGGACUCAACCUUGGGAGAAUAUUGGAUGAAAUGUUGUAUGAAGCUGAUAGCAGUGAUAUCCCACAAUAAUUACUAGUCAUUUUUAUCACCCUUGUGAACUGGUACAAUAAGAGACUCCAUCAACUGAUCAGGAAGUUUUUCCGUAUUCCAAACAGAAUUAAUUAGCUUAUGGAUCUCAGAACAUAAUAUUUCACCUCCUGCUUGAAUCAGUUCUGCUGGA